AUGAGAAUGCUCUUAUGGGCCUGCGGCUGGACGCGGCUGGAUCGGGUCACAAACGAAGAAGUCAGGACGGCUAUGCAAACAGCGCCAGUUCAACUGAAGAUGAGAGAGCAGCGUGUGCGAUGGUUCGGGCAUGUACCAAGAAGACUACAGAGCCAUUCGAUAAGGGAAGCAAUGGAGUUCGAGGUUCAAGGUAAGCGACCACGAGGAGCCUCAAAGAAGAGAUGGCGAGACGUGAUCAAGAAGGACCUCGCCGAAGCCAAGGUGACGGCAGAAGAUGCCGUAGAUAGAAUGAUAUGGAGACGGCUGACAAGAACAGCGGACCCUGCGACGGCGCAUAAUUAA